CAGUUGUCUUGGCAACAGAGUAAUUACUCAUCUAACGUUAUCUUACUUCAUUUAUUUACUCAGGAUUGUUGAAUUCGUAGAUGAAAAUGGCUCUGUCUCUCGAAGCAAGGACGUUCAUAGUGGAAUUUGUAUUUAGAAGUGCGGGACAAUACACAGAGGAAGUGCAACGAAGGUUUGCAGAAAAAUUUCCAAACAUUCAGGAGUGACGAUGCCGUACCUGGAGAUUGCCACCAAUCUUACCAAGGAGAAAAUAACUCCAGAGAUCCUGACUAACCUUAGUAAGCUUCUCAGUGCUAUACUGGGCAAGGCAGAACAGUACUGUGUGGUGCGCGUCAUCCCAGACCAGCUGAUGACCUUUGGCGGCAGCUCUGACCCCUGCGCCACCGCUUUGUUAAUAAGCCUGGGCAAGUUAGGUGUAGAGGAGAACAAGGGUCACGCUGCCAAGAUAUACGAGUUUGUGGAAAACUCCCUCGGGAUACCAGGUGACAGAAUGUACAUCCAGUUCUUUGACAAACCAUCAUCAGAAAUAGGAUAUAAAGGAACCACUUUCCAUCAGUUACUAGGACGAUAAGAGUGGAGUGAAAUAUUCUACUGAAUGAGUAAGUAAUAUUUAUCAAUCCCACUGUUGUCACCACUAUUCAGUAUCCACCUGACUGGAAUAAAUAUAAUGAUGAAGCAUU